AAGGAAGACAAUAAACCGAUCAGGUGAUGCGACGGCACCCGAGAUCCGGUGCGACCAAAGCAACUGCGCCAUUAAACGGUUCUGAUUAGACUUCUCAACCAUAACCAUUGACCCUGCUACGGCGCGAUGCACCGAAUCACAACAAGUUGAAAUCGUGAAAUCCCAACAUCGACGGGGGGAACAAUCUGCCGGGGUUGAAGUUGAUUACGAUACAGAGGAGCGACUGGAGUUAAAAACUCACUGCUUCUCUCUCUCUCUCUCUCCCUCUCAUGGUUUCCACAGAUUGAUCAUGGCGAAUUUCUUAGCUCAGUUUCAGGCCAUCAAGAACUCCUGUGAUCGCCUCAUUAUAGCAGUCGAAGAUGUGAGUGAUUUAUGGCCUGUUGUCAAGAAUGGAUUUGAAGAGAGACUGCCAUUCAAGAGAGCUUGUUUGAAUAACAAGACUCGGAAUCUCAUUUUUGUGGAGAACUUGCCAGCUGAAUUCAUUUUAACAACAGAUGCUAGACUUCGCAGCCGUUUUCCCCAGGAACAAUCAAUUUUUUGGUUUCGAGAACCAUAUGCAACUGUGGUUCUUGUUACUUGUGAGGAUCUUGAUGAGUUUAAAACCAUUCUUAAACCUCGUCUGAAAUUAAUUGUUCAAAAUGAUGAGAAGGAGUGGUUUAUUGUAUUUGUGUCUAGAGCUCACCCCAACAAUGACCAGUCCACCAAGAUGGCAAAAAAAGUAUAUGCCAAACUUGAAGUUGAUUUCAGCUCAAAAAAGAGAGAAAGGUGCUGCAAGUUAGAUAUCCAUGGUCCUGAAGCAAAUUUUUGGGAAGACUUGGAGUCUAAGAUUAUGGAGUCGAUAAGGAAUACUUUGGAUAGGCGGGUUCAGUUUUAUGAGGAUGAGAUUCGUAAGCUCAGUGAGCAGCGCUUUAUGCCAGUCUGGAACUUCUGUAACUUCUUCAUUCUGAAGGAAAGCCUAGCUUUUAUAUUUGAGAUGGCUCAUCUUCAUGAAGAUUCAUUACGUGAAUAUGAUGAAUUAGAACUCUGCUAUUUGGAAACAGUUAAUGUGCCAGGAAAACUUAGAGACUUUGGAGGAGUAGAACAUGUUGAUGAUCAGGCAGCAUUACUAAACCCUGGAAAGAAACCAUUGACACAAAUUGUACAAGAUGAUUCAUUUAGGGAAUUUGAAUUUAGACAGUAUCUGUUUGCCCGUCAAUCGAAGCUACUAUUCCAGCUUAACCGUCCCUUUGAGGUUGCAUCAAGGGGUUAUUCGUUUAUAAUUAGCUUCUCUAAAGCACUUGCACUGCGUGAGCAUAUGCUACCGUUUUGUAUGCGUGAGGUUUGGGUUAUAACUGCUUGCUUAGCCUUAAUCAAUGCAACUGCUUCAAAUUAUAAAGAAGGGCUUGUGGCACCUGAUAUAGAAAAGGAGUUCUACCGUCUCCAAGGGGACCUCUAUUCGCUGUGCCGGGUCAAGUUUAUGAGGCUUGCAUAUUUAAUUGGAUACGGGAUGGAUAUAGAAAGAAGUCCUGUCAACAGUGCUUCACUCAGUAUGCUACCUUGGCCCAAGCCAGCAGUUUGGCCUUCUGUUCCAUCUGAUGCUUCAUCUGAGGUGCUUGUGAAAGAGAAGAUGAUUCUUCAAGCAACUCCAAGAGUCAAGCACUUUGGCAUCCAGAGGAAACCAUUGCCUCUUGAACCUUCUGUUCUUUUGCGUGAGGCUAACCGGCGAAGAGCUUCUCUUUCUGCUGGAAAUAUGUCUGAAAUAUUUGAUGGUCGCCCAAGUUUCAUUGAUGGCUCAGGUUCAGAUGUGUCGCUUAAGAUGUCCCCUUCACCAAAAGUACAUGCAAUUUCCAUGUCGCGAACUAAUUCUUCACCAGGAAUUGAAAGCUCAAUUGAUCGGCCAAUGAGACUUACAGAGAUUCAUGUUGCUGCUGAGCAUGCUUUGCGACGUACAAUUUCUGAUGCUGACUUGUUGGGAGCUUUGUCAUCUGUGAAGGAGUUUGAGCAAAAAUAUCUGGAGCUAAGUAGAGGUGCCGCUGACAAUUAUCAUUGUUCCUGGUGGAAAAGACACGGAGUUGUCCUUGAUGGAGAAAUUGCAGCUGUCUGCUAUAGACAUGGAAACUUUGACCUGGCUGCAAAAUCCUAUGAGAAGGUUUGUGCUCUUUAUGCUGGCGAAGGAUGGCAGGAUUUGCUGGCUGAUGUCCUUCCUAAUUUAGCAGAGUGUCAGAAGAUACUAAAUGAUCAGGCUGGCUACCUCUCAUCUUGUGUGAGAUUGCUUUCACUUGAUAAAAGCUUAUUCUCGACCAAGGAACGCCAAGCUUUUCAGUCUGAGGUUGUUCGUCUUGCACACAGUGAAAUGAAGCACCCUGUGCCCCUUGAUGUAUCUUCAUUGAUUACAUUUUUUGGUAAUCCUGGGCCACCAUUGGAGUUAUGUGAUGGUGAUCCUGGUACACUGUCUGUAACUGUUUGGAGUGGGUUCCCUGAUGAUAUCACUCUUGAAUCUCUCAGUCUCACUCUGAUAGCUACAUAUAAUGCUGAUGAAGGCGUUAAGGCAUUAAAGAGUUCUGGUGCUACCAUACUAAAGCCUGGCAGAAAUACUAUUACUGUUGCCUUGCCACCACAAAAACCAGGUUCCUAUGUCUUGGGAGUUCUUACUGGGCAGAUUGGGCACUUGAGAUUUAGAUCUCAUAGUUUUUCCAAAGGUGGCCCUGCAGACAGUGAUGAUUUUAUGAGUUACGAGAAACCAACCAGACCUAUCUUGAAGGUGUUCAAGCCAAGACCUCUGGUUGACCUUGCUGCGGCUGUUUCAUCUGCUUUGCUAAUGAAUGAGCUUCAGUGGGUUGGAAUAAUAGUAAGACCUAUCAACUACUCCCUUAAAGGUGCUGUCUUACACAUUGACACUGGUCCAGGGCUGAAGAUUGAGGAGUCACAUAUCAUUGAGAUGGAGAACUAUGCUAGCAUAUCUCAGUGUACUCAUGAAAUUGGAAACUUUGAUGGUGCCAAAAGAGAGAUUUUAUCAACUGUCACAGAAGAAUUUAAACAGUUAAAGCAACAGGAUGGUAGAGUAGAGUUGCCAGAUUGGGCAAGCAAUAUAACUUCUGUUCUUUGGAUUCCAGUCCGUGCUAUAAAUGAUAAGCUUGCACGAGGAACAUCUUCAGUCACACCCCAGAGGCAGAGCAUUGUGGAUGGAAUGAGGACGAUAGCUCUGAAACUCGAAUUUGGAAUAUCCCACAACCAGACAUUCGACAGGACUCUAGCUGUGCAUUUUACUGACCCUUUUCAUGUGAGCACCCGAGUUGCAGACAAGUGCAAUGAUGGUACCAUGUUUUUGCAGGUUAUACUGCAUUCCCAAGUGAAGGCCUCAUUGACCAUCCACGAUGCUUGGCUUGAUCUUCAAGAUGGAUUUGUCCAUGCAGAGAGUGGUGAUGGGAGACCAACUUCAGGCUUUUUUCCACUUGUCAUUUCUCCAAAUUCUAGAGCUGGAAUCCUAUUCAGCUUGUGCUUAGGAAACACAUGCGCUGGAGUUGAAGCAAAGGCAUUGCAAUCAGAUAGCAUAUUAAGCAUCAGAUACAGAAUAAUUGGUGAUAGAAGCAGCGGAGCCCACACCCCUGUUAUCAUGGAACCUGCUGGACCUGAGGGUACUAUGCAUGAUUUGGUCUUCAGGAGUGCUCUCCUCUUGCAGAGGCCCGUGCUAGAUCCAUGCUUGGCUGUUGGUUUUCUUCCUCUCCCUUCUAGUGAUUUGAGAGUUGGACAACUUGUUACUAUGAAAUGGAGAGUUGAAAGGUUAAAGCAUUUUGGAGAAAAUGCAGCUUCACAGAACAAUGAUGAAAUUUUAUAUGAAGUCAAAGCAAAUUCUGAAAAUUGGAUGAUUGCUGGUAGGAAGAGAGGACAUGUUUCACUCUCCACAGAGCAAGGUUCAAGGAUAGUCAUCUCAAUUUUGUGCUUGCCACUGGUAGCGGGGUAUGUUCAUCCCCCCCAACUUGGGCUUCCAGAUGUUGAUGAGGCUAAUAUAAGUUGCAACCCUGCUGGGCCGCACUUGGUUUGUGUUUUGCCUCCAGCUCUUAGCUCCUCUUUCUGCGUUCCAGCAUGAAUUCUGUAGAUCACCCUCGCAAUCUAAUAUAGUGACAGAAAACCUCAAGAUUCCAAUUUUGACUUAUACUGAAAUUUGUAAAUCUCAAUUUUCAUUCCUGGAGUGUUAGGAAUUUGAGAUGACACUGGGUAGUUCCUGCUCGUGGCAAAUCAUUAUCCGCCCCUUAUUGUCCGAGCUCAUGUACAGUGGAACUUUGAAUUUUGUUGUAUAACACAGUGUGUAGUGAUGUACAAGUAGUCUGUUCUCUUCCAUUAGAUUCUUAUAGGUCCAGUUUGUUUUGGACGAAAAUUUUAGGAAAAGGAGUGUACUAUGCUGUUGGGUGGUGUAUUCGCAGCUUAUAAUGUGAAAAAGCAAAACAAAAGUAUGUGCAGUGUGCUAUUUGCUGGAAGAAAUGACAAAAAAUUAUGAUCUUUGCAA